AUGGUUGAUUACAACAAGAUAGCCUAUGAUGCAUUUUCAGAUCUGGUCGUCAUCGUCUAUGCCUGGAAUCUUAACUGCCAAGAGUAUCCGAGCAUGGCGAAGCGUGGACACAGCUUGAGACGGCUCUUCGCCGCGAUUUUGAUGGAAUGGUAUCCGCCUCCCAUCGACGGAGUAUAUGCUAUGACUGCUAUGGGUUUCGAAAGUGCUCCCACAGAACGUUGGUGGUACGACUUCCUCGAUGAGCGCUACUAUGUUGCAUGCGACGAAGCUCAGUGGAAGCCAGAGUAUUAUCGCCCGUGGUUUACAUGCUUGGAAGUCCUUUGUCUUCAUGUGAGGAAACACCCAAAGGCUGGCAAAUGUACUUUCUACAAUGACUGGGCAGGAACAGCAAUAUGCUAG